UUUAAAAGCACAGCUGACUUCGGUAACCUAAAAAUUGUGUACCGAGGGUACAUAAACAACAAAAAAACUAAUAAUUUAUAACAGAAUGCGCUACUUAUCGAAGUUAUUUCAGCCUGUAAUAACUAUACCAAAGAAUGCUAAGAUUAAAAACACAGAAAUCACUUGUAAAAGUCAAAAGCUGCUUCUAGAAUGCGGCCUAAUCCGUCCGACGGGUCCUGGUCUCUUCACCAUCCUACCACUAGCCCGGAGAUCCCUGGACAAGCUGGAGACCCUGAUCAGAACAUGCAUAGAAGCAGCCGGUGGUCAAAGGAUGGCGGUACCAUCCCUCACUUCUGCCUCAUUAUGGGAUAAAACUGGUAGACUGCAGGAAAUAGGUCCGGAGUUGAUUAAGAUGGAAGACAGACAUGGGAAGAAGUAUUUGUUGGCACCGACACAUGAAGAAGCGAUAGCGGACCUGUUAGCAGAUGUGGGUCCGCUAUCAUACAAACAACUGCCAUUACUAUUGUACCAGAUCGGUAAUAAAUACCGGGACGAGGCGCGCCCCAAGCACGGGCUCCUCCGUGCACGGGAGUUCUCCAUGAUGGAUGCGUACGGCGUGCACGAGUCCGAGCGAUGCGCGCGCGACGUAUACUGCGCAGUCACUGAGGCUUACAGCACGAUGUUCAAGACAUUGCAAUUACCUGUGCAUAGAGUGGAAGCGCCCUCCGGCGACAUGGGCGGCUCCCUCUCCCACGAGUGGCAACUCCCGGCCCCCGCCGGGGAGGACAGCGUCUAUAUAUGCAGUGGAUGCGCCGGCACAUCCUUACAGGGAGGCCCUUGUCACAAGUGUGGGGGCGAAACCAAAGAGGUCCAGAGUAUCGAGGUGGGGCACACGUUCCUGUUGGGCAGUAAGUACAGCGCCGCUCUCUCCGCGCUCUGCACGCCAUCUAGCGGGCCACCUGCGCCACUAUACAUGUCCUGUUAUGGUAUAGGUAUUACAAGAUUACUAGCAGCGAGUAUAGAGGCGCUGUCCAGCGACAAGUGUCUGCGCUGGCCAGACACCAUCGCGCCAUACAGUGUCUGCAUCAUUGGACCCAAGGAAGGUUCCCGCGAAUGGCAGACACACGGCAUCGCAACCAUAUCCGAGCUGUACCAGACCCUUGAGCCUGCCAGACCCGGGGACGUUAUAGUCGAUGACAGACAUCAACUCACCAUCGGGAAGCGACUUAUGAUGGCUGACAGAAUGGGCUACCCUUACAUAGUAGUAAUCGGCAAGGCUGCCCUGUCCAACCCGGCACGGUAUGAAGUAUACCGAAGCUGUGACGUCACAGCCAGCGUGCAGUUACUUACAACCACUGAGCUAUUGGAACUACUCAGUAAUGAAAACACACAGCGAAUAAAAAUAAAUAAUGUUGCCUGAU